GGCGGCCUGACUUUGUAAAUAGGUACCCAUUGUAAAUAACGUUUUCAGCUUCCAUGUGUCAUCCUGUCGAGUUAUUAUUAUUUGUAAUUAUUGUGUUAUAAUUUUACAAUAUCUUUUUAUUCUGUGUAUUACAUUGAACUUGACUAAUAAACGAAGAAAAACAUCAAAAGACCACUGCACAGGAAGCGCAUAUCCUCAUACAAUUCGCGAUCCAUACAUUUUGGCAAUGUUUUUGGUUUCGCACAACAUCGUCAUCGCGCGUGGAGGCCGCCGUGGUCCGAUAAGGUGCAAAACCGCCCUCAUAUUCCACGUACCACCACCCCGACGCGCCGCAGUUUGGUCCGUGAUCUUAGCUAGCUGGCUUAUAGCUGCAGCUGAUCGCAAAUCAACUUCGUGCAUUGUAAACCAUGCCCCACGUAUGAUAGAUGCGGCGCCGGGGUAUCCUUUUGAUUUUCGAUUUGCAUUGUCUUUGCAACAUGCAAAUUCAUUAAUUGGGGGGAAUUGAGGAUUUUUUUUCCCGACCCAAGUCUCGAGUCAAGUUACACCACAUCUGAUACUUCCGAAUUGCGUAAUUGGCUCCAAUGAUUCCUGCGAUUUCGCAAUACCGUGCAACUGAACCGUAAUUCAGUAAAGGCAGAGCUGUAUUUUCAGGAUUGUCAGAAGUGAGCCUCAACCUUGGGAAGUAUACGUUUUUGUCUAAAUUAGAUGAAUUGAUGUACCAGCGGUGGAAGCAAGCGAUAAAAUGGAGAAUCACAAUAGUAACAAUUCCAAGGAUAUUUGUGCUGGAACGGAAGAACAUGUUCCAUCGGUUUCACACAAUUGUGUGGUAGAGGAUGAGAGAACGUUACUGGGAAAUGAAGAACAUGAUGAAAGUGAUGAUGAUGCUAAAAAUGAUGAGGAAAAAAUAUCAAACUCAAAUGACAACAGUGACGACCAAAAAAAGAAGCCCAAGCGCUACACUCGUCAUCAGAAGCUCACUUUCGCUGGUUUUGCGUUCGUGCUCACCGCAGACAUGAUGCUAUACUCUGUACUUGCUCCAUUUUUUCCAGUCGAGGCCCUGAAUAAAGGCGUCUCGACUACAGUGAGUGGCCUUGUGUUUGGUGUCUAUGCUUUAAUCAGCUUCAUUGCUUCGCCAAUCAUUGGCAAAUACAUUACUGUCAUAGGUCCAAGAUUUUUAUUUUUUGGUGGAACUUUUUUGGGAGCAGGAUGUAAUCUUCUCUUCGGUUUAUUAGAUGGGGUAGAGGAUAAGAAUACUUUCAUCAUCUACUGUUUUCUACUGAGGAGUGUGGAAUCCCUAGGGGCGUCGGCUUCUGUCACUGCUGGCAUGGCGAUGACGGCUACGGUGUUUCCCGACAAUGUCGCUCAGAUGACUGGAUAUCUGGAGACGUUUUCCGGAUUAGGUCUGAUGAUUGGACCAGCAUUAGGAGGAGCUCUGUAUAAGAUUGGAGGUUAUAAACUUCCAUUUAUUGUGCUUGGUGUCUUGGAUCUUCUGGUACUCUUUAUCACUGCCUUUAUCAUUCCUAAAGAAACUCCAAGCAAGGAGAAACCCAAACCUGGAUCACUGUCCAACUUCAUGAUGAUUCCCGUGAUUUGGCCCAUGUCUGCAGCUAUCAUAGUUUGUGCGUGUGCAAUGACUUUCCUUGAUCCAACUCUUUCAUUACAUCUGGAAACGUUUGGAGUGAGCACACCCGUAGCUGGUGUAUUAUUCCUACUACUUGGAGGUCUAUAUGCAUUGACCAUGCCACUGUGGGGCUACCUGUCUGAUAAACAGGGAAGGACACGCUUAAUGGCCAUCAUAGGCUUCAUUAUAAUGGGUGCUUCUUUCUUGUUGGUUGGUCCAUCUCCAUUGCUGCAUUUACCCAACCAUCUGUGGAUUGUGAUAGUAGCAUUGAGUAUAUGCGGUAUCUCCAUAGGCUGUGCUUGUAUGCCUAUCUUUCUAGAUAUGAUGGUAUCUGCAAGAUGGUAUGGGUUUCCGGAUGACAUGGCCACCAAUGGUCUAGUUUCUGGUGUGUUCAGUGGCUGUUUCUCAUUAGGGAGUUUCUUAGGCCCUGUGGUUGGAGGAGUACUGAAUGAUAACCUAGGUUUCAACUGGGCCUCCACCUACAUCGCUGCCUCUUGCUUCGCCGUCGCCCUCAUCUACGGUGCAUUCUGUAUAUGGGAGUACCAGUGGGGUAAAGGACGGAGGAAACCCUGGCGCUACUUUGGAGAGCCAGAGCGAGACGAGAAUCAGAACCUGUCGGACACGGAGUCGUUACAGGGCAAUCACAUACCCAACCACAUACCCAACGUGUGCCUAGAGAAUGUAUUAGCCAUCAAUGCCGACAUCCACCCUGUCCCUAUGAACGGCUAUAUAGACGACUGCAUUGUUAGUGUAGGGAACUGCACAGAGAACGGGCCUUGGAUCGAUAGAUUCUCUGAUAAAGAACCUCUUAUCAUCAACGCGUAGGUAUAUAGCUGAGGGUGUCCUGCGAUCAACACUAACCUGAAUCUGUAAGGGGAGACAGCCCCAGCAGCUGUUCGGAAAAGAAAGGAUGUAUUUGAAUAGAACUUGUCCAACCAGCAAAUCACAGAUGUAUGUUGGAGAGGUAUUGCUGCAUGUACUGGAAAUGAGUGUGGAUAAUCAACAAAUUAGCAGCUGAAUUAGAGUUGAAUAUGUCCAGAAUAGAUUAAUUCCAACCAUCUUGCAAAUUUUUGUAGCCCCCAUCAAUCAGUGAUGUGGACCAUAAUGAAUGUUUCUUUGCUACUUCACUGCCAAAUAAGUUAUUCUGCGCUAAAAUUCUUUUAAGAAUUACUUAUAAUUUCUUUUUAAAAUAUUUCCAUUUACUCCUACAGCAUAGCUUGAUAUGACUGUACAAUAUAUUCAAUGAUUUAUUUUAACUCCACAAAGCAGGACAUGGAUUUUUUUUUUUUUUUUUGGAGGAAUAUGAGUUAAAGUGAAAUCCUGGUUAGUUUUUGAUAUACAGUGCGUAUCAAAAAAAAUUAUACACAACUUUAGAAGCUUAUAAUUAAAUAGUCAUAAUUUUUAAAUUACUAUUUAAAUGCUGCGGCUCAUUUAAAGCAAGGCAGGCAGAGUUAUGAAUAAGGUACCAUACGACAGAAUAUUAGCUACUCUUUAAAAUGAAAUGUAUUUCCAGGUCACACAGGUUAUAACCUUUGAAUGGUAAUCUGCCAAGUUUGGGUAUAUUUUUUUUUGUAGGCUUGCGGUUGCACCAUGUGAGAGAGGAUUGGGGAAAACCUGGAAAGGACUCUCUCUAAUCUUUCUUUCUUGAGUGUGUGUAUUCCUGAAAAGGACUUUUGGUAGUCUUGAAAAAGACUGUUGGUUAUCUUUCUUAGCUUAUAGUUCUAAGGAGAACUAUAGCGCCGGUUGGAGAGGAUGGGUAGUAGAAGUGGCUCGACGUUUAGAACAGGUUGACUGUCCAUUGUCAGGAGAGGCAAGACUGUUUUUUUGAGACGCACUGUAGUGACAUCCUGUAGACCUUGGUGGAAUAAUAGACUUCCUGGAGGAUGUGGUAACGGGAACAAGAGGAAGGCACACUGUCAGAGAUAACACAUACCGGUACCUGCUACUCAACGAGGUCCUCA